AUGCGCCGUAGUUGUAUCAAAUAUGGCCGAAUAGCAGGAGUCGCUGAAGGGUGAUUUUAGUGAGAAGGGCUGUGGUUGUCUUAUCUAAAGUGAAAGAGACACAUUCAUACAAAAUUUAUUACUCAGGCGAGAAGAAGGGACUGGUAAAGUCUGACAAUGGCAGAUGAAGAAGUUGUAAUGACUCCCACAAAGAAGGGAGGUACGACCCACAUUAGGAUAGAGAAACGCAAGAGACUGGACUUGAAUGAUGACAAGACAGUCCAUGUAGCAGGUGGGCAACACAGAGGUUUAGUGGUCAAUAAACAACUCUCGGAUGACACAGACCUUGGACGACCCCAGCUUCAGAUUGGCUUCAACUGCUUCCUUGUAGACCAGAAAACAGAAAAACGCAUUGUGGAAAGUCGAAGACUGAAAUUUUGGUAUGUUGACGAGACAGAUUACCUCGAUCAAGUAACUACAGCAUAUGAAUUCUUUAAGGAACUUGUGCAGCCAGCCAACUUUCCCCGAGAUUAUGUUGGUUUUAUAAAAAAGUGCAUGAAACAGAUGCAGAGGACUGAAUAUAAGCUGGCCAAGAAGAUUGACUUAGAGAUCCGGCAGCUGAGCGAACAGGAGGCUCCACUAACCCCAGAAGGUUCGGGCAUUUCUCCAGAAAUGCUAAUGUUGGGGUCCAAUGUGGAUGCUUACUUUGGGAUAGCUAAGGAAGAUAAACGACCAAUAGAAGAGAUUGUCCGAGAGAAGAUCCUCCAAGUCUUGGAGUCUGCCUACCCCAAUGUCUUGGAAGUGGAAGAUCUUGUCAGGAUUACCGCUGCUGAUGAGGCUAUAAUUAACCAACAGCUGGAUGAACUGAAGGCCAAAAAUCUGGUCCGAGAGAUGGAGAAUGGAAAGAUUGUCAGACAUGUAUUGGAGGAUGACAAAACAGAGUCAGAAGUACAAAUGGUGAAACAAAUGCCAACCAUAGCUGCCAACCAACAACCCACCAUUGCCAUCAUUACUGCCAACUAUUGUGAAAAGUUGGCUGUAGAUGCUAUGAUGGACAACAAGACUACAUUUGUCAAGUACAAAACAGAAGGAGAAUCCAAUGUGUACACAGUGGGAUUUAUUGGGGAGCAUAAAUGUGUAUCAACAAAACUGCCACAGAUUGGCCAGUCCAGAGCAGCGCAGAUCUCCUCAGGAAACACCACCACUAGAUUACUCGGAACAUUCCAGAAUAUUGAACAUGUGUUUGUGGUGGGCAUAGCCGGAGGUGUUCCUCACUACACCAACUACUACAAGCACGUCAGACUGGGGGACAUUGUAGUGUCCUGCUGUAACGACAGGGGCUACUUCUACUACCACGUGGACAAAAUUCUGCAGGACAAGGACGGCAAUAUUCAGUAUAAAAUGAGGACCUGGUCUCCCCGGGAUCUGUCUAUGCAGCGUUUGGCGGAAAAACUGGAGGAGAGGUGCUUGAGGAAACCUGAAAAGGCACCUUGGGAACGUUACAUCAAAGAGGGUUUAGAUCUGUUGGAGAAACAAGAGGCAAAUUUCAACAGACCAUCCCAGGAGUCUGACAGACUGUACAUGUCCAUAGGGGAGGAGAAUGUCAUUGAGGUGCAGCACCCAGAGCGUCCAGAUGAGGCCCAACAGAGGGAGGAGGCACCCACGGUCAGGUUUGGGGUUGUAGGGUCCGGCCGACCAAUCACACGAUACGACAACACUAGACUAGAAUUUGCACACAACUAUGGCAUUACCUGCUUUGAUUCAGAGUAUGACCAAGUUAUAGAAUCCAUUGUUGGCAAUAGAAAGGACAGCUUCAUGUUUAUUAGGGGAAUAGCGGAUUAUAACGACGGAUCUAAGAACAAAGAAUGGCAGCCCUAUGCCUCGCUUGCUGCAGCUGCUAUGAUGAAAACCAUUGUCAAGAUGAUCUCCAAUCCAUACCUCAGCGAAGACGAUGACUAAUGAAGACUGUUAAAGUCUUGAUGAUGGAGCAUUGUUCUCAAAUAAAAUGCAUGUACUAGAUGAAGCGUAAGUUGUUACACAUUGCAAGGACUGUUUUAUACAAAAGAUGGAGAUAAGAUCUUUUAUGCAUCUAUUGCAGUAUACAAGUAUUUUGGAUGUGGUUUACUUGGGUUGCUAUAUUCUAAAUUUUAAGAUUUGUUGAGGAGGCAGCUUCUGUGUGAUUGUUGAAAAAAUCCUUUUUGAAUCUGUAUAACGGACAUAAUAUUUUGAUACUAUGUACAAAUUAAGAGGAAGCAGUUGAAUCGAGACACUUUGUAAACACCAGGUGCUAAUUGAAGUGUGUAGGGUGUGUCUUAUGGCAAUAUGGAGUACACGUAGAAUAUGUAAGCAAAAUUUUGAAUUUUGAUAACUUUUUAAGAGUUAAAUAUCCACUGUACAAUUGCAAAGGUACAACUGAAUGAAAUAUGAUUUGCUAAAUUGUCCCAAAUAUGAAUUCAUUUUGUCUCAGGUGUUUAAUCAAAUGGAUGAGAUGAGAGAGAAAAAAGCUGCCAGAUUUUAUUGGAUGAAAGUCUGAAAUGGCACAAUGACAAGUUUUCACUGUACAUUGAAACAAGUUACUGCAUGCAAUGUCAUAUCACAAGAAUUUAGAGGGUUUCAUUCUAUCAAAUACACAAUUAGAUUGUUCAUUUGUUCAUGUAUGUUUCAAAACGACAUGUGAAGCAGAGAUUUUUCAUGCAGUUCAUUGAUACAUUUUCCAGUUACUAUAUAUAUCAUAGAAUUAAUUCAAGUUAUCUGAACAUAAGUUUUUAAAAUUAAACAUUAAUUCCGUUUUACAGAGAAUGUAUUGAUUUAGAAAGAAUUAACAGGCAUAUUUAUAUUUACUUGUGGUUGGUUUAUUUUUUGUGCUUUGUAUAUUGAUGUAGGGAAAACACUGCCGGGUAGAUUAGCAAAUUUUUAAGAAAGAGUUAAAUUGUUUUGAGCAACUGUUUAAUCUAUAGUUUGAUUUAUUUUGAUGUUUAAUUUUUAGAAAGCUUUAUUUUUCAGAGAUGUUUUUCAAAUAUAGAUGUGAUUCUUUUUGGUUGUGAAUUAAAUUUUUCAUACAGUAAGUUAAAUAUUUAGAUGUAUCAAUAUCUGUUCUUGAUUUUUUGUUGAUCUUUUGAAUGAAUAUUAUAUAUUUCAUAGAUAUAAGGUUGUACAUUCAUAGCAUUUACAUUCGCUGUAUUUAUACUGAUGUUAGUGGUGUUCUGAGAUAACCUUUUCUUCUUACUACUUCAGAGGUUUUCUUUGAAGACAUGAAACCAAAUGCAAUCAAAUAUUUCUUUGAAUAUUUUAAAACUGUCGCUUGUCACCAAGAGUACAUGUUAGAAGGGAUUUAGAAAAACUAUAUCCCAGACUUGACCAUCUAGCUAGCGAGGCGUGACUUCUUCGAGCUGUUUCUACUAGCUAGUGAGGUGUGACUUCCUCGAGCUGUUUCUACUAGCUAGUGAGGUGUGACUUCCUCGAGCUGUUUCUACUAGCUAGUGAGGCGUGACUUCCUCGAGCUGUUUCAUGUUAUCUUGUUCUGUUACUUGUUUUUUUUCUUCUUCUCCACCAUUCCACCUCAUUUUGUGAUCAUUUUGUUAAAAAAAUUUUUUUUUCGUGUUUUCAAAUAUAGCUCAAAGGAAGUGUGGACGAGACUUGUUUUUAUACACACCACUGUUAAUUUGUUGUUGAUAAGGGUUGUUUAUUUAAGUAUACCACAAUUAUGAAUUCAUGUCCUCAGAUUUUCUGGAAAAAUGGUUGUUAUUUUAAUCAGGGGAAUAGAAGUGCUGGUUCUAUGGUUACAAAUAGGUUGUCUUGAACCCCAAGUUUGUGGACUGAAAAUUAUACUAAUUUAUGCUUCAUUCAUUUUUUAAAACUAUACUUUGUUACUGCUUAAUAUUUCAAUAAAUUGCUUAUACACAUGUA